AUGGAAAUUCCCGUCAGAAAUCAAAACGGCGACUCAAUUGACACUAUCAACGUUGAUGACGCCGUAUUCAACGUUCCAAUGAACCAGACGCUGGUCCAUCAAGCUCUGGUUAUUUACCAGGCCAACCAGCGGCAGGGCACCCACUCCACACGCACUCGCGCCGAGGUGUCUGGGGGCGGGCGGAAACCAUGGAUCCAGAAACACACCGGCCGGGCGCGUCAGGGCAGCAUCCGGUCGCCUCAAUGGCGGCACGGCGGAAUCGCUUUCGGCCCCAAACCCCGUGACUACCGGAAGAGUCUGCCCCGAGCGAUGCGCCGCAACGCGCUGAAGUGCGUUAUGUCCGAGAAAAUCCGCCAGGGUGGUCUCGUGUGCAUCGAUUCGCUGGAUACCCUGGACGGUCGCACCAAGUCGAUGAAACAACUGCUGGCGCAACUGGAUAUUGCCGGGUCCGUGCUGAUCGUGACCGGCACAGCCGAACAGGACGUGGCCCGCGCCGGCGGGAACCUCGGCCAAGUCUGGACAUUACCAUCGGACCUUGUCAACGCUAACGACGUGCUGAAAAAGCGUACUGUCCUGAUUACAGUGGAUGCAAUACAGCGUAUCGAAGAGCAAUGCACGGCACCCAGACAUCGCUCUCGGCGCGCUACUUCGGAAGUGAAUUAA